AAAGCGUCUGCUGUAAGAGCGAGCCGAACAAGCGUGCGUAUGUCAGCCGCGGCGGAACUGCCGACGCAGGCCCAGCGACAGAAGGCGUUGUACGACAUGGUGUACGUGGAGCGACUGCCGGAAGAGCAGCAGAUGACCUCUGGACUUUUCCUGCCUGCUAAGGCUAACCCCAGGAUGCACGUCUGCAAGGUCGUCUCGAUCGGGAAUGGCCGCGAAGGGGAAAGCGGCAACGUUACGCCGAACGAUGCCGUAAAGCAGGGCGACCUCGUCUUCGUGAAGGAUCCCUACGGGAUUGGCCCACGAGACGACGAGUUCGCCGGGAAGAAGUUCUCUUUCGUCCGGUACACGAGCAUCUGCGCCGUCAUCCCGAACUCGGAAGAUUUCGAGAACGCAGCGCGAGAAGCGGGCAAGUUGCAGGCCGAGAUCGACAAGGCUGCAGGCAGCGGCCUCGUGUUUUAGUAUUGAGCGCUCGUCGUUGUUGUUGUCGUUAUCAUACCAUGUUAGACUGUGUUUGUUUUUGAUUUGGUCUAUCUCUGUUAAUACUCGCGGGGAGAGUGACUGCUGGCGAAAAAUAGAAGGUCAUCGUGGGGGACGGGGGGUGUACAUGCUGUAGUCUG